AUGGACGAGUUCACGCGAUUAUUCAAAAUUGAAAAACUUGGGAGCACGGCAUUUCCUACUCAUAGCAACGGGGCAAGUGAAGGCAUGCACCACGUUUUAACAGAAUACUUAAAAGCCUACAUUAGCAAGACAGAAAAAUGGGACGAAUUAUUGCCGUUGUGUAUGCUCGCUUACAAUAAGUCGGAACACCAGAGUACAGGCUACACACCCCACGAGCUUGUAUUUGGUCAACAGGCAAAACUCCUGUCAAGCUUCAAGAGACCAGAGGUCGCAGCGACCUUUUACAUAAACACCUUAGUUAUACCACUAAUGGAUCAAAGAUAUGAGGUUAUUAAGGAGUAUCACGAACCAACAUUCGCAGGUCCUGAAGAAAUGAAUAAAACCUACAAUAAGAUAGCAAGGGACUACUAUUAG